AUGGGAUUUCAGAAAUUCUCAAAUAUAAUCACCUUUUUUGAGAAAUGUGAUGUAGAAAUCGAAAAAAUUGAUAAUCAAACAACAUAGCUCUAUUGCAAGUGUUAAUCUUUUGGACAUUUAUAUUUGAUAAAGGUUUCCAAUAACUCUAUGAAUUAAUCAAAUAAUACAGUAGUUAAUUGGAUGGCAGAAGAGUAAUAGAAAAUUGACAUAUAUGAGCAAUCUUUUCUACUUGUUUAGGGUGUAUUUAUUAUAUCAUCUGCUAUUGUUUACCUUUCCUUAGUGUUUCUAGAAUAUCACAAAUCCAAAGAAAUUAUUAUUGAACAAGGUCAAGAUAUGGAUAAUAAAUUAGAGCCAGCUAAGGAUGCACUUCAAAUAAGAUUGUAUCCAAGUCAUUUUAUCAUGUUUAAAACAAACUUCUAAUAUAUCCAUUCAAUUUUGUAACUUUGUUAAGAUGAUGAAAACCCUGUGAAAAAAAGCUUUAGAUUUUUACAGAUUAGUAAUGAAAUAAGUAUUUUAAUAUUAUCUUCUACUUGGGAAAUCUUAUUUACUAAUAUCGUAAUUAUCAAUGCGUUCAUAAGCCUCCUUAUUAUUUUAGUCUUUAGAGUAAUUUCCAAAAUAACUUAAGCAAUUUAUAUGUUUGAAGGCAAAAUAGGAAUAAUGAUUAUUUUACUGUAUCUUUUCCUUCCUGUUAUGUACUUUUUCCUUAUGAUUUUGGCUUUUAACUCAAUAAUUGAAAUGAAUUAGAAUUUCAUUGAUGUGUAAAUAGCAUUAAACCUUUUGAGCGCUUUAUUACUAGUUUAUUUCGUUUUUGAACCAAUCGCUAUAUAUCUAAGAAUAGUUAUAUAUAGACCGCUUUUCGAAAGCAUUAGAAAAAAUGAAUUUAAUCCGAUCAACCAUUUUUUUUAUUUCUUUAUCUAUGAUAGCAAAAUAAAUCAAACCUAUGAUUAGUUAAAUAUUUGA